CUGCAUCGCACUUAUAUCAGGCAGACGCAGAAAUUAAUCGAUCUUUAAGAAAGAGUUUCUAUAAAGUGAAUUUGGUAUUUACAAUGAAGUUACUUCGUUUACUAUCAACGUCUUCAACUCUGUUUCUUCUAGGGUACUGUCAUAUCCCAGAAUACAACAACCGAUCUAAUUUAAGCAAUCAAAACCGUGCAACGAAUUUAAGUUUGUACAACCUCGUCAACACAGCCAAGCAGUACCAGCAUGAUUUACUUAAUAACAAAAUCUCCGCGUACACAUAUUCAUUUACUAGCACAAACGCUAAUAAUAAAGCUCAAGCUCAGGCUUCAAUCACGUUUGGCAAUACUGGGUAUAGAUCGCAAAAUAUAGAAAAUUCAAUUCCUACACAGGGGUUUAAUCUUCGGAAUUGGCGACCACCGAGGCGCAGUUUAGCACAAAAAAAGAAUACCUGCAAAGUUUAUUUCGGAAAGAAUGAACAAAUCGCGCUUGCGUCUACUGCCUAUUCUGAAAAUGGAUAUCAGCAAAUAGCAGCAAUUAAUCCAAAAAAUCCUAAAUUUCCAAAUAUUUACACUUACGGCAAGUUGUCUAAUAAUCACAAUCUGGCUAUGAUGGCAUAUAGUCAAGUCAAAAAUAAACCUGUAUUGCAUGAGGCAAUUUCGCAAGUUAUUCGAAACGAUAAGGUCACUACUUAUUUUGUUCACAACUAAAAACAUCACUGUAAAUUAUGUAUCUAAAAGAUUACAUCUCGAUCACUCCCCAA